AUGAUCGGGUGCACGCCCCAUGUACUGGCACGUUAUCCUCGAGGAAAAUCGCAGUGCGUGGAGGAGUUUCAUAUGCCCAUCCGAAUAUACAAUGCCAAGCUUAAGUCCCUUGUCGAUCGCUUGAACAAAGACUACUCUGAUGCUAAGUUCGUCUAUGUGGACGACUUUAGCAACAUGCAGGAGCUCUUGGAUCGCCCGUCAUCAUAUGAUCAGGGCUGCUGCAGCAUAGGGAAGAAUCACGGUUUCUCCACGUGUGUACCGCACUUGACACCCUGCAAGAAUAGGGACCAGUACGUGUUCUGGGACGCCUACCACCCGACAGAAGCAGCAUACCAAGUCUUAGUGAAGAAGUUGUUUGGCAAAAAUGCUCGAUCCUACACUUACCCUGUGACUAUCCUACAACUAGCAGAGCUACGAAUGAGACUCCCAUUUGAUGGCAGUGGAAGAAGAUUAGAGAAUUCUGUAUAA